UCAAAGUUCGUAAAAGGCAGCCCAGGGGGAACUUGAAACAGUCUGACGGACAAAGGGGGAAAAGUCAUGGAGCCACUUCUGCGCGCAACAGAUAUUCGUCGCAAAGUUUACUUUAGCUCGUGGGCUUAUCGAGUCAUUUUAUUUUAAAUCAGCCAAAACUAUGCGACCCCAAGCAUAGCUCGUGUAGCGAAUUUGCGCAAAGUGAAAGUUGAGCGGCAGUUGCUCACGGAACUUUUUGUUACAAUGAAGACGAAUAGACGUGUAUCUCUGUUUUUGGCACUGACGUUGCCGUGCUGUCUAUUGGCCUCUGGACAAUAUCACGGAGAUAAUGGAAUCGCUGUCCCUGACCAUGGAUUCUGUCAGCCCAUAACGAUCCCGUUGUGCACGGACAUCGCUUACAACCAAACUAUAAUGCCAAACUUAGUUGGACACUACAAUCAAGAUGAUGCGGGUUUGGAAGUGCAUCAGUUUUACCCAUUGGUAAAGGUACAGUGCUCUCCUGAACUCAAAUUCUUCCUGUGCUCCAUGUACGCACCGGUGUGCACGGUAUUAGAGAAAGCUAUUCCUCCGUGUCGCUCUAUCUGCGAGAGGGCAAAGCAUGGCUGCGAGGCCCUUAUGAACAAGUUCGGCUUUCAGUGGCCGGAGCGGCUGAAAUGUGAAAAUUUCCCCGUGCUGGGGGGCGAAAACAUAUGCGUGGGCCAGAACGAGUCAACGGCCACGGUGUCGCCCGUUCAUAUGCCUAUCCCGGGAACACCCGGAGUUCAUCUGUACUCGACGCCGGACAAUCCGUUCCGCUGUCCGUCAAUGCUGAAAGUCCCGUCUUACCUCAGCUAUAAGUUUUUGGGAGAGCUGGACUGUGGUGCUCCGUGUGAGUCCUCCAAAACGCACGGGGCUUAUAUGUUCUUCACUGACCAGGAGAUUGAAUUUGCCCGUAUUUGGAUUCUCAUUUGGUCCUCUCUCUGCUGUGCAUCCACAUUUUUUACUGUAACCACAUACUUAGUGGACAUGCAACGCUUUAAAUACCCCGAGCGUCCUAUUAUCUUCCUGUCUGGUUGCUAUACCAUGGUCUCCAUUGCAUAUAUCACUGGAUACUUUCUCGGAGAUAAAAUCGCCUGUAAUGACCGCUUUCUUCCCGAAGGCUAUAAGACCAUUGUUCAGGGUACGAAAAAGGAAGGAUGCACCAUUCUUUUCAUGAUGCUGUAUUUCUUUAGCAUGGCUUCUUCAAUCUGGUGGGUCAUCCUGUCUCUUACAUGGUUCCUGGCUGCUGGUAUGAAAUGGGGUCAUGAAGCCAUCGAAGCCAAUUCCCAGUACUUUCAUCUGGCCGCUUGGGCCGUCCCUGCCGUAAAGACCAUUAGUAUACUGGCCAUGGGACAGAUCGAUGGAGAUGUGCUAAGCGGGGUCUGUUUUGUGGGCCUAAAUAAUCUGGAUCCGCUGAGGGGCUUCGUACUAGCCCCCCUAUUCAUCUACCUGUUCAUCGGCACAUCCUUCUUGCUUGCUGGCUUUGUGUCGCUCUUCCGCAUUCGCACCAUUAUGAAGCACGACGGUACUAAGACGGAAAAACUGGAGCGGCUGAUGGUUCGCAUAGGUGUCUUCUCAGUUCUCUACACCGUCCCGGCCACCAUCGUCAUCGCUUGCUUUUUUUACGAGCAGGCCUUUAGAGAGCACUGGGAGAGGAGCUGGAUCACUACAAACUGUAAGAGCCUGGCCAUUCCCUGCCCGAUGCACCCCGCUCCCCACAUGUCCCCCGACUUCACAGUUUUUAUGAUCAAGUACCUCAUGACUCUUAUUGUAGGGAUCACUUCGGGGUUUUGGAUUUGGUCUGGUAAGACGCUGCAAUCUUGGAGGAAGUUUUACACACGUUUGACCAGCGGCGGGCAAGGGGAGACCACUGUUUGAAAAAGUCAAUUUUUAUGUGAAAAAACUGAAUUAGUUUUAGAAAUACAAACUGAAAUAAAGUGCCUUCAGUUAAGUAUUUUCAAGGCAAUUAUACUUGUCUUUGUUCCUCAAGUACUGUUCUUCAGAUGUCAGACUGUCGGAGCCGUUUGGGUUCUUGGACUUUCAAGUGGAAAGAGAAGUGGAACGUAAACCACUUUGGUUUCCCCAAACAAACACGGCCAGUUUGAUACCAAAGGCAGAAAUGUGUUCCUCCCCCAUUCUGCUGCCCCUCAGUUUUUUUCUCAUAAGCUGCUGGCCAUAAAAACUCUACUUGGAAAGUGAGAUACCAGCUGGGAAUUCACAAACAGCGGUGCAUAGAGCGGUGGGGGGAUAAAAGCCUGAAAGAGGACGACAUGUCAUGUAAUACAUCUGGCGGUUAAAUGUAAUUAAAACAUUGUAUAUAGUUUUUGUAAAAAUCUUUAUUUGAACAUGAUUAUAUAUUAGUAUUUAAGCAUUUUUUGUGUGGUUCACUUAUUUAGCAUUUAUACCCCACCGUCUUUGUCUUUAUCUUGCCCUUUCUCUGUCCUUAUUUUUAUCUUAUAUCAGAUAGCAUACUCAUGUUUGUGCCUCUGUUUCAAAUUAAAGGUGCUGUACAUAAUA